CCAAACAGUUUCCUUGCUUUCCUGGGUUAAUCAUGGCAACAGCCGGCGCUUCGCUGGAAAUGCAGGCAGCCAAAGCGAAAAACAGACUGCAGAAGCCGAUGGUGGAGAAGCUGCGCCGCGACCGCAUCAACGGCAGCAUCGAGCAACUGAAACUGCUGCUGGAGGAGGAAUUCCAGAGACACCAGCCCAGCUCCAAGCUGGAGAAGGCUGACGUCCUGGAGAUGACUGUCAGCUACCUAAGAUAUAGCCAAAGUAAGUGCCAGUCUUGUUUAUUUAUAACUCAGGAUUACAGCAAAGGCUAUUCCUCCUGCCUGAAGGAAACUCUGCAGUUCCUGACCAUCCACUCAACAAACUCCGAAACCCAGAGCAAGCUCUUAAGUCACUUCCAGAAGCCUUGGGAGGUGGCUACCAAGGACACCCCUCCUCUUUCUACCCCCGCUCUGCUUCAGAAGGGGUCACCCCAAGGCACCAUCUCAAAACCAGCCUACAAAUUGUGGAGGCCUUGGUAGGAGAGAGCUCUUGUUCUCAACAUGUGUUUUAAGACAUCCAGGAGGAGUUGGCAAUUUGCCAUACAAAUCCUGCACCGCU